AUGAACUCUUUUUCAUGGACUGAUCCCGAUAAUAGUACCAAAAACAAACUAGUCAAUUUGAAGAACAAUAACAAUGACAAUGACCUUAAAACCAUGGGCUUAGAAUCAAAGUAUGGUGUUGGGGCCAAACUCUUGAUGAAAAUGGGCUAUGUUGCAGGCAAUGGAUUAGGAAAACAUAGCGACGGGAUAGUUACCCCGGUGGAAACGGUGAAAAGAGUUAAAGGUGUAGGAUUAGGAAUGUUUACAGCAAAAAAUGAUUACUUGGAAGGUGAAAGUGAAAGUGAAAGUGAAAGUGAAAGCGAUGAAGAACUUAUAAUUCAUGGUAUAGAAUUCAAGAGUGGAGAAGUAUUGAAAUCUGCACAUGAGCAAGAAUUUGAACAUAUAAAAUCGAAGCUAAAAGAAUUAAAGGUUUCUAAUGAACGAUUGGAAAACAUAAAUUCGAUAAUUGAACUAAAGAGCUUAUAUUUCAAAUUAAAUACAUUGAAAAAUAGAAUAACAAAAUUCGAACAACAGGAAUCACAAGAACUACAAAAUAAGGCUGUAAUAACAAAAAAAAAAGAGAUUUUACAAAGAAUUAAAAAUAUAGAUAUACUUGACGAACUUUACAACCAAAAGCUUAUUACAGAUAUCAUAAUCACAGAAGUAUUCACGCCAUGGCAGAAAGACGAUUUGCUAUUGUAUAUUUUCAAUAUGAUGCUAUCUAAUGAUAAAGCCAACAUACACGAAUUAGAUUACUUAUUGUACCCUAAUAAUCAAAUAUUAAAAUUUAUGAACCAUUGUUUAAACUGUAAAAAUAUCGAAGAUGGGAAUAUGUUGAAGCUUCAAACCAAACUUUAUCAACUACUAUCACCUACAAUUGAAGAUAUUUUAAAAAAAUUUCUAACAACAAAAUCAAAUAAGGAGAUUUCAUUAGUUAUAACGUUACUAUUAGAUUAUGAAAAUGUAUUGAAAUUUAUCUCAACCACUGGAAAUCAUACUGGUAACUAUUGCUAUUAUAAUUACCUAGUUAACAAGUAUAUCACACCAAGGAUACGAGAUGUAAUCUUCAGAGAAUGGAAUAUUUUGGAAGACACAUAUACCCUCUCUACAUGGUUCAAAGAUUUUCAAAUCAUUAUACCUGAAGCACAAUAUAGUAUACUUUCAGAUACAAUAGUGGAUAAAUUUGUAGCAUAUUUAGACAAUUGGUACCAUAGAGAUCCCUUAUUGCCAACACAAGUGCUAGAACUAAUAGAAAAUGUAUGUGCAAGCGGCAGUAAUAAUAUAAACGUAGCUAAAAUUUUAAAUGAACACAAGUUUAUCGAGAACAAGUUCCUAAAGCAGGUUUAUCGGAAAUAUUUUGAUUUGAAUGCGGAUUUACUUAAUGACGAAAAAUUAAGUCUCUAUUUUUUUGCCAAAUUAAAAGAAUGCCAACCCAUUUUAAAAUAUGGAGAUUUUUACGACUUGAUAAUUUAUCAUUGUCUCAAUGAAAUUGCACAAUAUGCUUAUAUUUGGUUUAUUUAUCAAGGAGAAGAUUUUUACGACAAGGGUGUUACUUGGUGUAAGUGGAUCUUAGAUCUGGUACCGGAUGAUAUAGACGUUAAAAACGAAAAUAAAUUGAAGGAAAUACAUCUGUGGCUUGCUAACCCUUCAGUAGAUAAAAUAAUUUAUAGUGAACAAUUGAAUUUUGAAGGUUUGUCCCUUUUGAAUACAAGUAAUACAAAUACUACGAGUACCACAGAAUACAACAUCGAGAAUAUCCCAUUGAUUAGGAUAAAACCCACAUUUAAAGAAGUCGUUGAGGAUUAUUGUGAGGAACACGGAAGGAUAUUACAAAGAUCGACCGAAACAUAUUUUUUCCGAGAAAAUCAUGGCGGUACGUCAUCAACUAAAAUGUAUCCUUUAUAUUAUAUAACGAGUUUUACGAAUACCACCACCUCUAAGAAAAAAAGGAUUAAAUGCUUUAUAAGCAAUAACGAUUGUUUAUGGAUAAAUUAUGACCAGGAUCCAGAUCAUUAUAAAAAAGUAUUUUUGUAUGAAUUAGAAAGUGAUUUUUUUUGA